GUAACGCGAGCUGUCUUGUCUUGUUUCAGGUGUGGAGUGUGGACUCGUGUAAAGAAGUUCAAGUUUAAUUUGCUCCGAACAAUGUUUAAACGUAUUAUUAUAUCAAACCUAUCUGUGAAGAGAUUUGUAAUACGUCGUACUUUCCUAUCAGACGCAUAUUCGUGUCAAGAGGCAUGGCAUGCUCGAUUAACGACACCGAUUUUAGAAAAGAUCAACCACGAUUCCCUGUACUACGAGUUGGAGCAGAAGUUCCACCAGAAAGUUAAAGUGUCCGCAAUUGACAUUGAUAUUUACACCAACAAACUUGCAGAUGAUUCUCAUGUCGAGGAAGUGGCCGAUCUUAUGGCAAAAUUUCGUCUUACCGAAGAGGCUUCAAAUAUAUUUGAUUCCACUCAUCACGCAAUCAUUCGGAACUACGUUGAUCAUGGUCACUACGCGGAAUUGAUCGAGUUACUCAAUAAUCGUCUAGCAUAUGGUAUAUUCUUUGAUGAAUUUACAGCUAAUCUAACGCUGCACCGGUUGAUCACUACUAAUGAUUUCAAAUGGGCUGCUCGGAUCGCCACAUUAUUAGGACUACAGGAAGACUUUACAAAUCCGAUUACACGGUCGCUUGCUUUAUAUGCAUGCUACCGAUAUGUAAAAUCAGGUAAAAUCGAUCACUUUGAUGACUUGGUGCCACCACCACUUGAAGAAUCGAUCGAAGGGAAAAAGAAGAAAAAGCAAGAAAUUAAAGUGCGUGUGAAGUUUAUUCGUAACGAGUUCUUCGAUGACCAUUUUGACAUAAAAGAUUCCAAACUGCUGCUUGGUAAAACAUUCUUUCUACUUGGAUUAAACAGUGAAGAACUCGUUGGUAGCAGUUGUAAGCUACUGGGUUUAGUUUUAUAUGAAAAGUAUGCAGAAGCAAUAGAAUUAAUUCGAUUAAAUACUGAUGCCAAAUUCAACGUAGAGGUACUGAAAUUAGUAAAAACUUUUCUUGAAGGCCAUGAACAUAAGGAUAACGUAGACUAUGUGAAUCUAACAAAUUUAUUGGAAACCGAUGACGUUCAGAUGAAAAUUAACGAUUGCAGUUUCGAACAAAUAUUAAUUGAAAACAUCGACCAAAUUGUUGCAAAUGAUGAACAGAAACAAAUCGAACAACAGAAAAAGAUGUACAACAAGUGGUGCGAACUAAGGCAGCAACGUCUUGAAACAGAAUUGGCUCGAUUGAACCGCGCCAAACGUAUCCAAGAUAUCGAACGAAUGACCCAAGACAUGGAACAGGAAGAGCAGAAACUUUGGUUCUUCGAGAAUGAGGACAACAUUGAUUUGCAAAUUGACAGCAAAAAGGUGUUUUAUCCAAAGCGAUGGUUCGGCAAAAAGAAAAAACCACGAGUUGUUGACGAAGAUUACGUUCCACCAGAGGUUCGCCAACGGCAGGGUUAGGAGUAUUUUGUAACUAUGUAAGAGUCAAUUUAGGUUAAAAAAUAAACAAAACCCGUUUUAUUGGGCACUUUA